CACUCCAGCCACAUGCAAUAUACAAUCCGACGAGACAAGAACACAUUCGCUCAACACAGAGAAGAACUGACCACCACCUGAAAAAAAUGGAUCCCUGCGACUGCGCCAAGACUGGAACCUGCAACUGCGGCACAUCAUGCACCUGCGCAAACUGCUCCUGCACAAAAUGCAAGAAAAGUUGCUGCGAGUGCUGUCCUUCAGGCUGCAGCAAGUGCGCCUCCGGGUGCGUGUGCAAAGACAAGACCUGCGACACUAAUUGUUGCCAGUGAGGACCGGAGCUGUCAAACUCUACUUUAUGUAGCCUUGGAAAAAGGGACCAAUGUUAACUAUUUGUUGAAAUUGUGUGUGUUUGUUUGUACGUAUCGAUGUUAAAAAAUAAAAUGCGUUUACUCUA